AUCUGGCAACACUCAAAGGGGGUCAACGCUUGUUCAGCCCUGUCAAAAUUUGCAAAAAAGUUUUUACCACACUCUCGCGUCAAUCAAAACCCCAACAACGCGUAGUAUUAAUGUGUUAGAAUUUAAAUAGGCUGUAAAUAAAUAGUUGUGCAAAUUGUGACAGAGAGCGAUCUAAAGCGUGCUUACUACUGCCAGCUGACUGAAAAAUGGAAGCGCUUAUUCCAGUUAUCAACAAAUUGCAAGAUGUCUUCAACACCGUCGGCUCUGACUCAAUACAAUUGCCGCAAAUUGUUGUACUCGGCAGCCAGAGCUCUGGCAAAAGUUCUGUAAUCGAGAGCGUUGUUGGGCGCUCGUUUCUGCCACGAGGCACAGGCAUUGUCACGCGACGCCCGCUGGUGCUGCAACUGAUUUACUGUCCACUCGACGAUCGCGAGAAUCGCUCAGCAGAGAAUGGCACUGUUAAUGCUGAAGAGUGGGGCCGCUUUCUGCACACGAAGAAAUGUUUCACGGACUUCAAUGAGAUCCGUCACGAGAUCGAGAACGAAACGGAGCGUGUGGCGGGCAAUAACAAGGGUAUCUGCCCGGAACCCAUUAAUCUAAAGAUAUUCUCGACACGUGUGGUCAACCUGACCCUGGUCGAUUUGCCAGGCAUUACCAAAGUGCCUGUCGGCGAUCAGCCCGAGGAUAUUGAAGCACAAAUCAAGGAUUUGGUUGUCAAAUACAUUGAAAAUCCCAAUUCGAUUAUUCUGGCUGUAACCGCUGCCAAUACGGACAUGGCAACCAGUGAAGCUCUGAAGCUGGCCAAGGAUGUGGAUCCCGACGGCAGGCGCACACUGGCCGUGGUCACCAAACUGGAUCUCAUGGAUGCCGGCACCGAUGCAAUUGAUAUACUGUGUGGACGUGUCAUACCCGUCAAACUGGGCAUCAUUGGUGUGAUGAAUCGCUCACAACAGGACAUCAUCGAUAAGAAGGACAUCGAUGAGCAAAUGAAGGACGAAGCGGCUUUUCUGCAGCGCAAAUAUCCCACGCUGGCUACACGCAACGGCACACCUUAUCUAGCCAAGACACUGAAUCGCCUGCUGAUGCAUCACAUACGCGACUGCCUGCCCGAUCUGAAGACUCGAGUGAAUAUUAUGUCAACACAAUUCCAAUCGCUGCUUAAUUCCUACGGCGAGGAUGUGUCGGACAAGAGCCAAACGCUGUUGCACAUCAUAACAAAGUUCUCUAGCGCCUACUGCUCAACAAUUGAGGGCACGGCGCGCAAUAUCGAAACAACAGAACUGUGUGGCGGUGCACGUCUGUGUUACAUCUUUCAUGAGAUCUUUGGGCGCACACUGGACUCGAUACACCCGCUGGCAGGCUUGACCAAAAUGGACAUUCUGACGGCCAUACGCAAUGCAACGGGUCCAAGGCCAGCGCUGUUUGUGCCCGAGGUGUCAUUCGAGCUACUGGUGAAGCGGCAAAUUCGGCGCCUAGAGGAACCUUCGCUGCGCUGCGUGGAGCUAAUACACGAGGAGAUGCAGCGCAUUGUGCAGCACUGCGGCAACGAGGUGCAACAAGAGAUGCUGCGUUUCCCCAAGCUGCAUGAAAAGAUUGUUGAUGUGGUGACCCAGCUGUUGCGUUGUCGUUUGCCUGCCACCAAUGUCAUGGUCGAGAAUAUUGUGGCUAUCGAACUGGCGUAUAUCAAUACCAAGCAUCCCGAUUUCCACAAGGAAGCCGCACUGGUCCCCAGUCUACUUAAAACCGACAGCGAUCCUUUUUCGCAGUCACGCCGGACGAAUACAUCACGUAGUACUAUGUCGCCACAGGUCUCCGCCCAUAGCACGAAUACACAGGGUCAGCAACAGUCACAACCACAGGUCCAAACACAACAGCAACAACCGCAGCAAAAUGAUGCUCAUGAUCAGAAUCAUAUUGCCGAAAACUCAACGGGCUCUUGGCUAUCAAAUAUUUUACCACCCGCGCCCAAUCGUCCCGACAGCAUUGAGAACUCGGCCAGCAAUACGCCUGUGCAUAAUAAUAUAGCUCCACUGAAGCCUGUUAAUCUGCUGCCUGAUGUGCCGGCUCUGGCUAAUCCACGUCGACUAACAGAUAAGGAACAAAGGGAUUGCGAUGUCAUUGAGCGGCUGAUUAAAUCGUACUUCUAUAUUGUGCGCAAAUCUAUACAAGACUCUGUACCAAAGGCAAUUAUGCACUUCUUGGUUAACUACGUUAAGGACAACCUGCAAAGUGAGCUAGUCACCCAUUUAUAUAAAUCUGAUAAGGCGGAAACGCUGCUGAACGAGUCCGAUCACAUUGCAGUGCGCCGAAAAGAGGCAGCGGAUAUGUUGAAGGCACUCACUCGUGCGAAUCAUAUUAUUAGUGAAAUUCGCGAGACUCACAUGUGGUAGAGUGACUCAAUCAGAGAUAUGACAUUGGAGCCUGUUACGGCUGGCAAAUCCCGAAAAUUAUAACGCACUAUUUAUUGAAAAAACAACUACAGCUACUAUCUAAAACAGAUGUUCUCCGCUUUGUUGAAUGUUUCCCAGAACAUUAGUACAUUUCAUUCAUGGUACCAAUUUCUGAGUGCGGGCUAAGAAACCAGACCAUAUUAUAAUAGAUUUAAGUAUAUAUAAAUUUUAAACAUUUCUCUUCGUUUUCUUAUCGCUGCAUUUGAAGAGUCAUCCGCAGAGUUAGCAUAGAGUAUAUAAAGCAUUUGCUAGCAUUUCUCCUUCAUCAGCUUUGUUAAAACCCAUUUGACCAUAUUGCAUGUGUGAUGAUGACUUCGCCUGUCAUCGUGAUCGAUUUGUUUUAAGUUAAUCAAAGCACCUAUUACAUUUUUGAAUAGUCAAAUAAAAUCAGAAACAGUUGAUUAAA